AUGUCUUGUCAAGGCCGUUGGCAUCAACUCUAUAUGGUUUACAAAGUGUACAAACAGUGCCUUUAUUUGAGAUUUGAGCCUAGUUUAGGAACAAAUGAAUCCGUGCUGGGGCUUGUUGAGGCAUUGAAGCUAUGGGUGGUCUCAAUGCUUGAAAUUAAAGAUGCACAUCUUAUAUGCAAGGAUUUUGCCAAAUGCAUCUUAUUUAGAGCACGGCAAAUAUCCAGCAUCAACCUUGUUUCCAAACAAAAUCGAGACCAACCAGCAAAUUUCGCUGGCCACGACGAUGAGGAUGAUUUUGACACACAGUUUGAAAGAGACUUGCUCAAUUUGCCUGAAAUACAGAAUUCCCCGUCUUUUACACAAGAGCCCCACCUUGAGCGCUCAACGAUAAAAAAAAAUUCCGCAGGCAAAGAACUAAAACCAGAUUGCGAUGAAAAGACCGCUCUGAUAAAAGAGUUAGGCCACUCCCCGGAUACCGCUGGUGUCAAAGCUUUCGAUGCGUUUCAGAUAAAGUUUUUGGCCAUCAUUUUGGAUUCUUUCGGCAACUUGGUGUCGUCGCUUCCAAAUAGCGUUACAGAAACCACGGCAAAAAUGUUUGAUAGCCUACAGUCCUCUGUAUCAAGGGAAGGAAGCUUUUUGGUGUGUGCGAAAGCCUUUGGCGUCUAUUUCCCCUCCCCAUCCAAUGCAAUCCCGAAAUCGGAGUGGAAUUUAAUUUGUCGCAAAUGGGCAUCUCUCGUUUUUCAAUUAAGUCGCCAAAAUGUGGGUCUUUUGAGCUUCAUAUGUACGGAACUGUUUUUCAAAAGAGGCCUUUUGUGUCACCAAAAUGCAACAACAUUAAACAUAGAGGGCGCCCUUUUCCUUUUUGACAUCAUGUCUCUCUCUCUUGGGCUGCACACAAGAAACUAUACCAUCACCAUGCUUUUGCAUGUAAAAAGCGAUUCUUCGCCCAUAAUUUCGAUUGCCAAUAUGCUGUCCUGCUGUGUUAUCCGCUCCAUUUGCCGAUCCACAGAUCCCUCCAUUCUUAAAAGCAAACCAAUCAAUCUUUUUAACCACUUUUUACUUACCAAGCCGCUUCUUUUAUUAUGGACGCGAGUUAUUUUGGUGUUUCCCCCUCUUUUUUGGAGCUCCGAGGCAUUUUGGCUAAUUUACUCGAUUGGAAAUACGUUUUCCAUCGAUGGUCUUAAAUCGCUUCGGCAUGUUGACCACCUUUCAACUCUUCGGCCUUUUGAGUUUUUCGGUUCGCAUAAAAUAACCGAACACGUGGCCCUUCCGACACAAUCUUUGGGCCAACCAACCGAGUUUACGCAAAAGGUAGCUUUUUUGCAUCACGUUAUAGGAAAUUACCAAAUCUGUUCUUAUUUUUUUAAGAACCACAAUCAUAUCACUUUCAAGAGCUCACAUGCAAAACGAUCUAUAUGCAAUCGCUGUCGAUGCCUUGAAGCAUUUUACGUUGUUGGUAAAGCAGCAGCAUAG